ACAAGCUGUUUCAUAUGUUGUAAUUUGCAUUUUCGUCGCCGCAUUAACCUAAGUUGGUGUACGAAACACUUUCUCCAAAAAACCACAUUCUACGGAAGAAUGCCUAGAAAAAAGUCUGCGGCUAAGAAAGCUCGUGAAGCUGCCGAGCGUCUUGCAAAAGGACAACAAGAACAAGCAGCUGUUGUCGGAAAAAAAUCAUUGCUGGACGAUGACAGUGAGGAGGAAACCGGUGACAAUUCUUUAAAAAUUAAUAAGGAGUUUGCUCGUCGUUUCGAACAUAACAAGAAACGGGAGGAGCUUCAAAGAUUGCAAGAAAAGUACGGCAACGCUGCUGACGAAGAUGAGGAUGACUCAGACUCUGUUGUAGAAGACUCUGAUGGUGAACUUGUAACUCCUGAGGUCGAUGCUGCAAUUCUGAAAACCAUCAUAAAAAUUCGAAACAAAGAUCCAGAGGUAUACAAUCCUGAAGCUACGUUUUUUAAGGAGGAAGACAAUGGAGUUGCCUCAGAAGUGAAGGAUGAGACAAAGGAUAAGCCGAUGACACUCAAAGAUUACCAUCGUCAAAACUUACUUUCCGGAAACGCUUUAAAGGCUAUGGAGGAGGAUGAUAAUCGUGACGUUCAAGACGGUGUCCCCACUCAUACUCAAGAGCAAGCUGCUUUACGAGAAGAAACAGUUAGAGCCUUCCAUGAAAGUGGUGAAGCUGCCAGCGAACAAGAUGAAGAUGACUUUUUUGCAGUCAAGGAAAAGACCGAAGAAGAGAAACAAGCUGAAGAAAGCGGUUAUGAGAAGUUCCUGAUCGAAAGUGUCGGAUCUGCAGAAGCGAAAAAGGUUCUGGAAGAACUCUCUGAAACUUAUGUUAAGAACCGUGAACCCGUCUUACGCGACAGUGAAAAUGUUGAGAACGGUAUAAAGGAAGAGGAUAGCAAGUUUCUUGCUGAUUACUUAAUGAACCGUGGUUGGAAGACGGACGAAGCAGACAAGAACAAGUCGUACGAAGACAUCGUUAGGGAAGUUGCCGAAGACAAUGAAUUUGUGGAACAGGCCGAAACCUACGAGACUAAGUACAACUUCCGUUUUGAAGAAUCUGGUGGUGCGGAAAUUCAAAGUCAUCCCCGUAUAAUUGAUGACAGUCUGCGUCGUAAGGACGAACGCAGAAAGCAAGCGCGUGAGCGUAAAAAGCAACGCGAGGAAGAAGUCAAGCGCCAACGUCGUGAAGAGCUUAACCGUUUGCGUAAUCUCAAGCAAAAGGAACUUGAAGAGAAGUUGUCUAAAGUCGCUGACAUCGCCGAGCUUGAUUCUGUGAACUUAAAGGAUAUUGAUUUAGAUGAGGACUUUGACCCUCAAAAAUGGGAGCAAAAGAUGGCAAGCAUUUUCAAUGACGACUAUUAUGAACAAGAUGCUAAGAAACCCAAGUUUUCCGAUGAUAUCGACGUUGGUGAUAUUGAGCCUGUCGAAACCGAGGAAACUCCGGCUGAGAAUAGCUCUUCUGUAAUUGAAGGACAACGCAAGAGCGACAAGCAAGAGAAGAAGAAAAAGCUGAAGAGUCACAAACGCAAGAUUGAAGAGUAUCUUGACGAAAAGUACGGUGACGUGGCCGACACCGUUGCUGGAAUACCCACGCGUUUCAAGUAUCGUCAAGUUGCUCCGGACAGCUUUGGUCUUGAAGCUCAUGAAAUUCUUAAUGCUACUGACGAACAGCUCAGUGAACUUAUUGGACUCAAGAAGUUACAACCUUAUAGAACGCCUGAACAAAUUGCUCGGGACAAGAAAAAAUAUGGCAAGAAGAAAAGACUUCGGGAAUGGAAGAAAGCGGUUUUUGGAAAAUCAUCUUGAAUUUUGUUUUAAUAUACUACAUUUUUUGUUUAAGGAAUUACUUUAUAUUUUUGUAGAAAGGGCUAAUUGUACCUACUGAUUCUCUCUAAACAAUAAGCUAUGAAGUACGAUAGUGUAGAAAACGGAGGUUUUAAAUGACC